UAAAGAAGAAGCCGGCCGCGUUUGGUUGUGCCUGUUGUUAGCUCGUCGUGAAGACACCGCAGAUCAUGGAGGAGAACAAGGACGCGCAACCCCCGAAAACGGGUCCCGUUCCACCCACGCAAGACGCGCCGACGACAAGAGGCAUGAAAGGACAAGGGGCACACCCAGAAGGCCACUCCCGCGAGGACUUGUCCUCCAAGGACCGACUGCAAGACGCCGCUGAGCGAACCAGCAGCGGGACCACCACGGCCGAAUCGUUGGAACGUCAAACGGUGACCGAAGCUGAGCAGACGGCAUCAGCAGCAGACCCGGUUCUGCUGCCAGAAGUCCGAGAAGAACUGGGCCUCCUCGCAAAGCCUGGAACGCCGGCACCGGCCGCAACAGCUAUUCAUAAUGAAACGGCGGAACACUCGCGUUCAGCUGCCGCUUCACCAGACGCGGCGCCGAAAAACACUGCGACAGCGACGACUAAGGAGUCCGCAGUCGCGGAAAAUGCUUCGGUUCAAGCGACCAAUGGCCACGAACAAGGAGGUCGACCCGAGCUAGGUGGCCAGUGGUCCAGUGCCCAAGGACCUCCAAGGACCGACUUCAGGGACCGACUGCAAGACGCCGCUGAGCGAACCAGCUGCGGGACCGCCACGGCCAAAUCGUUGGAACGUCAAACGGCGACCGAACCUGAGCAGACGGCAUCAGCAGCAGACCCGGUUCUGCUGUCAGAAGUCCGAGAAGAACUGGGCCUCCUCGCAAAGCCUGGAACGCCGGCACCGGCCGCAACAGCUAUUCAUAAUGAAACGGCGGAACACUCGCGUUCAGCUGCCGCUUCACCAGACGCGGCGCCGAAAAACACUGCGACAGCGACGACUAAGGAGUCCGCAGUCGCGGAAAAUGCUUCGGUUCAAGCGACCAAGGCCCACGAACAAGGAGGUCGACCCGAGCUAGGUGGCCAGCGGUCCAGUGCGAAGCCGGCGCUGCCGCAUUCGCCGAACUCGACUUCGGGAGCAACCACGCCAUUCCGACAGAUGGAGGAGAGCAUGGACCGGUCGGUAGACCGCCAACUUCGACCUCUCAGGAAAAGCUGGAAGCUCAAGGCGGCCUGCUUCACUCUCACCAUGGUGCUGCUCAUCGUCGGGUCUGGCUUCGUGGUGUACAAGUACAUCGUCCAACCGAAACUGCUUGUGGCACCACUAAGGAGCAACAUAUCUACUGUUAUGCCUCGCGCCGGAACAGCGACGAACUUUGCAUCGUAUUGAGUUCGCCUGAGCCUGGACAGAGCCCAGCAGAGGCCUCCGUUCCAACUGGCGCACCGAAAGUUUAGCGGACAACUGCAACUGGCUUUAAAUCAAAGCGAUAAGCUCCGCUUUCAUUGAACGUUGGCACGGGAGGAGGGGCCAGGGGAAACUGGGAAGGGAGGGGGGGGGGGGGGGGAGGGGGCUCGCUUGCGUCCUUGAAAUGUCGAGCGCGGGGUGAAUAUCUUGAACCAAGGGUAGACAGAUAGGCACCUUUCACUCCUGAAUACGAGGAGAAGCUUACGCUGUUCGGACGCCUAUGCGUUCGUGGCUUCUUUUCUUUUUCUUGAUCGAGUAAGAGACCAGAAGCUUACACUCAAGGUUGACCAUAAUAUGGAUGGAGUAAUUGUGAGAAAGUAACAGAUGAAUCUAUCAGCAAAUACAAUUCUUUGCUUGGCAAUGUGACAUCGAUCCUCUUAUGCCACGUGAAGGACCUCUAGUAACGAAAUUGGGUAACAUAUUUUGGGCUCUGGUAACAAUAUUUUAUAUUAAACUGAAGAACGUAGAGCUCAUCAGCUUAGUAGAAAACUAUGUUAUCAGAGAGGCAAACAGACACAAGACAGGAUGUACUUACUAAAACACGGUUGUAUGGUACUAAUCUCGCUUCUCGGAAUUUGCAACAGCUUUAAUAAUAUGUUCCGCUUAAUUAAUAAAACCUAUGUGGAAUAAGA